GAGACAGAAAUGGCGGCGACGGCGGGGGAAGCAGCGUGAUAUGCUGUAGCAAUAAAACAACCUAAAAAUACAACUGUCAGUCCAUUGUCGAGAAAAUGAAAAAGAUGUCGAAUUAGGCCGUCUUUUGUAAUAAUUAUUACAAAAAACUAACACAUUCCCUGGAGAACGUCCAUUUUCUGAUUGGAAAAGAGAAUAUCACAGGGAGCAUGGCUUCUCAGAGUAACGUUAACCAGUACAUCUUCGGGGAGUUCAGCCCUGAUGAGAUCAAUCAGUUCUUCGUGACUCCACGAUGUUAUGUUGAGCUUCCCCCCUUCAAUGACAAAGUCUCCUGCGUCAAUCAGUCUUCAGGAAGUUACUGCACUCCUGCUGUGCCUUACAUUACGGAGUCUAUGAGACGGCAGGUUUGCGGUGAAGACUACCAGCACAUUGAGUUUGGUGUGGAUGAGGUGAUGGACUUGGAGCCAGUGGGAGUGAAGGAUCCUCUCUUCAAGGUGUCCAGCACUCUGAACCCCCAGGCUCCAGAGUUCAUCCUGGGAUGCCAGCCGUCUCAGAAGGUCCCGCAGACAGCCACAGCCCUCUCUCCGGCAGCAGACGUCCCAGACGGAGCACAAUACAACUCACUGGACGGACCCGACAGCCCGGACGGACCUGAUGGCCCAGACUCUGAGCCCUCCGCCAUGGACAGCAACCAGAACUGCCAGGAUGGGGACGGGGGCCCGGGCAGCCUGGGCCAGCGUGAGAAGAAAAAAAAGAAAAAGCGCCCGCCAGGAUACUACAACUACUUGGAGGGCUCAGGUCCCAAUAGCGGUGGCAUGGGUGUGGACGGGCCUCCUGGAAAGGGGUUGGUGAAUGGACACGCUCUUAGCCGCCCUCACCUCGGGUCGCAGGACAUGGUUGGUAAGACGUUGUCAGGGGGCGGACUUUCCACCUCAGCCCCUGUCGCUACGGCAGCAGCGUCGGCUGCUGUGAAUCAGAGGACUUGUGAUAGCCCUGAUGAAUCGUCUUUGGACUUCACGAGUGGAGCCGCCUCAUUAUCAGAUGGUAAAGAUGCGGCCUCCACCUCCUCCUCUUCCUCCUCUCAGAGCAGUGGGGUGGCAGAGGGAGGCAGAACUGCAGAGCAGCAGCAUGAGAACAUGGCUUCAGAGAGCCCUGAACUGCUGGGCAGCGGCGGGCACAGACCCUGCCCCACCUCCCCUCCUCCCCCCUCAGUUGCUGUGGCCAGCCCCCCUGCCACCAUUGCUACUGCUACUAUUGAAGAAGAGGAGGUGACUAGGGACAGUGGGGUGGCUAAUGGGCUGGCUGAGCCCCAUGCUGGCAUCAGUGCAGACGGACACAAGGAGGCCUCUGAGGCAUUGGAGCAGCCCCAGCAGCAGGCCCCAGCUCCCUCAGUGGAGCAUGCUUCCUCCCCAGACUCUGAGGCCCAGCCGGCAGUGGCAGAGCAGCCUAAGUCGCCUGCCUCUCCGGCUGCGCCCGCUGCCAACCCCCUCAAAUCCUGGGCUAGCCUCUUCCACAACUCCAAGCCUCUGCCUGGAAGCCCUCAGGCCUACGUGGAGGUGAAGAACGUGGUGGAGGUAGUGGCUCCCUCCCUGGCCGCCGUGGAGCAGCAUGAGAAGGCUGGGGAGGUGAAGGAGAGCCCUGUCCAUGUAUCAGAGGAUCCCAUGGCCCCUAAACUUGCAGAACUAAUUGAGAAUGUGAAGUUGAUACACAAACCAGUGUCUUUGCAACCAAGAGGACUGAUCAACAAGGGAAACUGGUGCUAUAUCAACGCUACAUUGCAGGCCCUGAUUGCUUGCCCUCCCAUGUAUCACCUGUUGAAGUCCAUUCCCCUGUUCAUUGACACCCAGAGACCCUGUACUUCCACACCCAUGAUGGACAACUUUGUAAGGCUUGUCAAUGAGUUCAGCAAUAUGCCUGUGCCAUCCAAAGCCAAGCAGCAAGCUGCUGGUGAAAAGAUAAUAAAAGACAUUCGACCAGGUGCUCCUUUUGAACCCAACUACAUCUACAGACUCCUCACCCUCAUCAAGUCGAGUCUCUCAGAGAAGGGUCGACAGGAGGAUGCGGAGGAGUACCUGGGCUUCACCCUCAACGGACUGCAUGAGGAGAUGCUGGCUUUGAAAAAGCUAAUCUCCCCUCAGGAAGAGAAAGCCCCCACACCCAACGGCCCAGAGUCCCAGUCAGACGAUGCUGCUGAUAAGGAGGAGGGGAGCGAGGACGAAUGGGAGCAAGUGGGCCCCCGAAAUAAGACCUCCAUUACCCGUCAAGCUGACUUUGUCCGCACCCCUAUCACUGACAUAUUCGGAGGGCACAUCCGGUCGGUGGUGUACCAGCAAAACUCUAAGGAGUCAGCCACCCUGCAGCCCUUCUUCACCCUGCAGCUGGACAUCCAGUCAGAGAAGAUCCGCACCGUUCAGGAGGCCCUGGAGACCCUGGUGGCACGGGAGUCAGUUCAGGGCUACACCACUAAAACCAAGCAGGAGAUUGAGAUCAGCCGGAGAGUGACCCUAGAGGAGCUCCCUCCAGUGCUGGUGCUCCACCUCAAGAGAUUUGUGUUUGAGAAGACUGGAGGCUGUCAGAAACUGAUCAAGAACAUUGAUUACCCUGUAGACCUGGAGAUCAGCAAAGAUCUCCUCUCUUCAGGGGUGCGGAGUAAAAUAUUCAAAGGCCAAAGAACCUACAGGCUCUUUGCAG